AAGAGCACUGUGCCAUCCCUGCCGAUGCGUCACAUGCUGGUUCGCACUCUAGGCGCCUCAACAUCACCCCACAUUGUGGUGAAGUGGUUGCGCCAUCCCCGCACCGCCGCACUCGCCUCUGCCCCCGGCAGGGAGCCGCCACCGGGGCGCCUGAAUUGCACCUCUCCCUCACGCGGCCUGCCCACCGCGCGCCGCGCAAGCCCUACCACCGCCGCCGCCGCCAGCAGCUCCGCUCCCGUCGCUAACGCCGCCAGUACUAUGCCCACCGAGCGGCUGCCUGGCGAGUGGGAGUCCCCCAUCACAAGCGAGCUGAUCACCUCGGCGACCAAGCGCCUGGGCGCGCCCAGCUUCGCCCCCAACGGCGACCUCUUUUGGUUGGAGGGCCGGCCGGCGGAGAAGGGGCGGCAGGUGCUGGUGCGGCGGCCCCAUGGCGGCGCAGCCGCCGCCGACCUCACGCCCGGCCCCGACAGCGGGCUCAACGUGCGGACGCGGGUGCAGGAGUAUGGCGGCGGGAACUACACUCUCACCGACUCUGCCGCCUAUUUCUCCAACUUUGGGGACCAGCGCUUGUAUGUGCAGCAGCUGGCGGCGGGAGGCCCGCCGCAGCCGGUCACAGCUGAGGGAAGCAAGCUGCGGUUUGCAGACGGGGAGGUGGAUGGCGGCAGGGGCAGGCUGGUGUGCGUGGUGGAAGACCACAGCGGGGGCGGCGAGGCGGUGACCACGGUCGGCGCUGUGGACCUGGCCAGCGGCGCCGUCACCACCCUGGUCAGCGACGCCGACUUCUACGCCUGCCCCCGCCUGAGCCCAGACGGCUCCCGGCUGGCGUGGGUGGAGUGGACGCAUCCCAACAUGCCGUGGGACGACACUCAGCUGUGGGUGGCUGACGUGGCGCCAGAUGGCACGCUGGCCGGCCACCGCAAGGUGGCGGGAGAGGAGGGGGAGUCUGUGGUGCUCCCGCAGUGGGGCCCCGAUGGCUCCCUGUAUUUCGUCUCUGAUGCGCCUGAGGGGUGGUGGAACCUGCAUGUGUUGGGCACUGACGGCAAGGUGGCGGCGGUGCUGCUCAUGGCUGCCGAGUUUGCUGCACCCAUGUGGCAGUUCGGCCAGAGGCCCUUCCAUGUGCUCAGCAGCGGCCGCAUCUUGGCUGUGUAUAAUGACCCCAAGAAAGCGGGCUCCACCCUGGCGCUCAUCGACCCCGCCAGCAAGGCGGUACAGGAGCUGGACAGCCCCUUCACCUCCUACGGCACGCCCACCCUGGCUGUGCACGAGGUGGCGGUGGUGGCUGGCAGCGCCCUGCAGCCCCCUGCGGUGGUGCUGCUGGAGGCGGCCAACCUGGAGGAGCUGGCAGCCAGCAAGCCCGAGGACUGGCAGGUGGUGGACCCUGGCUACCUGUCCGAGCCCUCGGCUGUGGAGUUUGCCACAGAGGGCGGCCUCACCGCCUUCAUGAACUACUACCCACCCCGCAACAAGGACUUUGCGCCGCCCCCCGGCGCCCUGCCGCCGCUGCUGGUCAAGAUCCACGGAGGGCCCACCUCCCAGGCCAGCACCGCCUUUACCCUUAGCCUGCAGUACUGGACCAGCCGAGGCUUUGCCGUCGCUGACAUCAACUAUGGAGGCUCCACGGGUUACGGCCGCGCCUACCGCGCCCGCCUGCGCGGCGCCUGGGGCGUGGUGGAUGUCGACGACUGCUGCGCCGCGGCGCGCCACCUGGCGGAGCAGGGCAAGGUGGACCCCCAGCGCCUCUGCAUCGACGGCGGCAGCGCGGGCGGCUACACAACGCUGGCAUGCCUGGCCUUCAGGGACGUCUUCUCGGCAGGUGCCUCACACUAUGGGGUGGCCGACAUGGGGCUGCUGGCACAGGACACGCACAAGUUUGAGUCGCGCUACCUUGACGGCCUGGUGGGGCCCUACCCAGAGGCCAAGGCUGUGUAUGAUGCGCGCAGCCCCAUCAACGCCCUGGACGGCUUCACCCGCCCCGUGGCCUUCUUCCAGGGCCUAGAGGACAAGAUCGUGCCUCCCAACCAGGCGCAGGUGAUGUACGAUGCCCUCAAGGCGCGAGGCAUCCGUACCGCACUCGUGAUGUUCGAGGGGGAGCAGCACGGCUUCCGCCAGGCGCCCAACAUCAGGCGGGCGCUGGAUGGGGAGCUGUUCUUCUACGGCGCGGCGCUGGGCUUCAGCCCGCCCAUGCCACCAGACUUUCAACCCAUCGACAUCGCCAACGCCGCUCCGGGGCAGUAGCGGCUGGGCUGCAGCGUGGCAGGGCGGCAGCGGCCAGGCUACAGCUGGGGCGUAGAGGCUGGCCUGCGAUGCGUUCUGAUCGUUGUUGUCCUCGUGGUUUGGAGCUGAAUAAACAGUCUGCCAGGC